CGGAGGGGCCGCCAUCUUGUUAGCAGUUGGCGGAGGCAGCGCCCGGCCCGGUAGCCCGCGUUCCGGUGUGCUGCGCUGCGCUGUGGCGCGGCCGCCCGCCCGCCCCGCAGCCCCGCUCCGCGCCCUCAGCCGCCAUGGCCAACAACAGCCCCGCCGUCGGCGCCGGGAACUGCCAGGGGCAGCAGGCGGCCCAGCACCAGCCCGGUGCCGGCCCCCCGGCCCAGCAGCAGCUGCAGAGCGGGGCCCCCAAGCCGGCGGCCUCCGGCAAGCAGGGCAACGUGCUGCCGCUCUGGGGCAACGAGAAGACCAUGAACCUCAACCCCAUGAUCCUCACCAACAUCCUCUCGUCGCCCUACUUCAAGGUGCAGCUCUACGAGCUCAAGACUUACCACGAAGUGGUGGACGAGAUCUACUUCAAGGUUACACAUGUUGAACCAUGGGAAAAAGGGAGCAGAAAAACAGCAGGCCAGACAGGGAUGUGUGGAGGGGUGCGUGGUGUUGGAACUGGAGGAAUUGUGUCUACUGCCUUUUGUCUGCUCUACAAAUUAUUUACACUGAAACUCACUCGUAAGCAAGUGAUGGGCCUUAUAACUCACACAGACUCUCCAUAUAUUAGGGCUCUUGGAUUUAUGUAUAUUAGGUACACACAACCACCUACAGAUCUAUGGGACUGGUUUGAAUCCUUUCUUGAUGAUGAAGAGGACCUGGAUGUGAAGGCAGGUGGGGGUUGUGUUAUGACCAUCGGGGAGAUGCUUCGUUCCUUCCUCACUAAGCUUGAAUGGUUUUCCACGUUGUUUCCAAGAAUUCCUGUGCCAGUCCAGAAAACCAUUGACCAGCAAAUUAAAAGCAGACCUAGAAAAAUCAAGAAAGAUGGCAAGGAGGGAAUGGAAGAAAUAGAGCGACAUGCAGAACGUAGACGUUCAAGGUCUCCAAGACGAUCCAUCAGUCCCAGGAGGUCUCCCAGAAGAUCCAGAAGCAGAAGUCAUCAUCGGGAGGGCCAUGGAUCAUCUAGUUUUGAUAGAGAACUAGAAAGAGAAAGAGAACGUCAGAGAUUAGAACGUGAAGCUAAGGAGAGAGAAAAAGAAAGGCGGAGAUCUCGAAGUACUGAUCGCGCACUGGAACGGAGGCGAAGCAGAAGCAGGGACAGAUACAGAAGCCGUAGUCGAAGUCGUGACAGGAAGGGAGAUAGAAGAGACAGGGAUAGGGAACGAGAGAAAGAAAACGAACGGAGCCGGAAAAAAGAGAGAGAUUAUGAUAAGGAAAGAGGUAGUGAAAGGGAAAAAGAUCGAUCUAGAGAAAGAUCAAAAGAAAGGAAAAGUAAGGGUGAUCCAGAAGAGAGAAGACACAAGGAUGACAAGGAUGACAAGAAACACCGGGAUGACAAGAGGGAUUUCAAAAAAGAGAGAAAACAUAGUAGAAGUCGAAGCCGGGAGAGAAAGCAUAGGAGUAGGAGCCGAAGUAAGAACACAGGUAAGCGCAGCAGGAGCAGGAGCAAAGAGAAAUCAAGUAAACACAAAAAUGAAAGUAAAGAGAAAUCAAAUAAACGAAGUAGAAGCAGAAGCAGAGGAAGAACAGAUAGUGUUGAGAAGUCCAGAAAGCGAGACCGGAGUCCCAGCAAAGAAAAACCUAGAAAGCGUAGCAGAAGCAAAGAACGUUCCCACAAACACGAUGCCAGUGAUAGCAAGGACCAUUCGGACAAACAUGAUCGUCGGAGGAGCCAAAGUACAGAACAAGAGAGCCAAGAAAAGCAACAUAAAAACAAAGAUGAGACUGUGUGAACUCUUUCAGAAGUGGAUCACAUUGAAUCCUAUAAAUGUUUGAUUAAAUCCUGCUUAUUUUUUCUUAAAGUUGAGAUUGUGCAGUAGUUGAUGAGCACUCUUCUCCAACCUCCCUCUAGGCUGCAGAUUGUCAUUUCCUAUUUUGGGUAGGGAAGUGCCUUUGUAAACCCAUUCAAUGCAUUGACGGUUUCAAACCAUUUGUUUAGUUUAAUUCGUAAUGCAGAGAUUGUUUUUGCAUUUUUAUUGUUCAGAAGUUUCUGAAAUGUACAGUCUGUACAUACGUCCUGAAAAUGUUUUAAUUCCUUUGGCAUGGUUGCCAUGUUGGUUAAAUUUGUAUGAGGCAAUAAACUGCCACUAAUUCUA